UGUACAAAAAUUACAAAAGUUGUUUUUGUGUGUGGAAACGGGUCACCUGUUCGUCAUUAGAAAUAUCCCUGCUCUGUUUCUCUCACUUUAAAAUGUCUUGCGCAUGCGUAAGUACUGCCCUAUCCUGGCAGAAGCUUAGCUCAUAAAUAAUUAAGUAGAUUACAGCUACGUAUCAUGAAUACUUUGAAUAUAAAGAAGACUGCUCACGCUUGGCUAUUGAAUAUUAAUGUAUUCGUGCUCUCGUUGAUUGGUAAACUUCCAAUCGCAACUGCAUGGCUCCUGAAUAUUAAAGAGUCAAUCCUUUAUCAUAGUAGGAUUCUUAUCCAGGAAAUGCAUUUCGAUGUAUCGCUGUCAUUGACGCAUAAAUAGCACCGAACAGGACUAACAACUUCUCUACUAUCGCAAGAGUAAUUUUUAUAAGUUGAAAUCUAUAUGCGUUUUGGAUCUGAAAAUCAGGUUUUGUGAAGCUCAGUAUGAAUGACACGUGAGAUCCGUUUUCUAUCGAGUAAUUUAGGCGUGAAUGUAAAAUUGUAAGUUGCGAGUGAACUGUCAGGAAUGCGUUCGUCUCUGGAUGUUGAGUACAGCGCGGUGGGAGACGGCCUCGGUAUGCGGGAGUUCUGGCUCUAUGUGUGGCUGCGCAGACUGGCUGUGGUCGCUGCGCACAUCAUGUCUCUCGGCCUGGUCAUUCUCAUAUCCAUACUGUCCAGACCUGGAACAAGUCUCUUCUCGUGGCAUCCUGUCUGCAUGUCACUUGGGUUUUGUCUGUGCAUGACACAAGGGAUCCUGCUUUUCUCUGCCGAUGGCAGUCCGUUCUGCUUCAAAUCGCGGAAGUGGAAGGUUCGUCUGCACUGGUUUUUCCAGGCUGUGCUGCUGGUGUGUGGAGCUACAGGAUUCGGCUUCAUGGUGGCCAGCAAAAACAAAAAGGAGCAUCCACACUUUACCUCCCGGCACAGCCUGCUGGGAGUCGCAACAAUGGCCUCCACCGUACUGCAGGCGAUCUGUGGCUUCUUUCUCCUCUUCCCCAAACUCAUCAGCACUCACUCGUUUCCUCGGUUGCGACUGUAUCAUGCCACCUGCGGUCUGGUGGCCUACCUGCUGGCCACCAUCACAGUCAUAUCAGCCAUGUUUACAGACUGGUUUCAGGCAUUGGUAAGAGGCACAACCUGGUAUAUAUUCCUACUCCUGCCACUUUUUCCUGCCUUGGUGGUGAUGAACCAAAUCACUAGUGCCUUUCUGCCCAAAAAGAAGAUUACUAGCUGAAAACUAAAGCCUCAAAUUAGAGCCUAUUUAGGGAUCUGGACUAUAGUAGGCUUUAGAAGCAACACUACUCUAAGAAUGUGAGGAGAUGAAGAACAGCACAAAUUUUGACAUUUUAAAUGAUGUAGGUACACUCAAAUAAGAUUCGACUUUGUCUCAAAUUGCACAUUUUAUGUUUACUUGCAGCUUUGUAGAGGUACAAGCAGCUGAAAUAGAGAUGCUUUUCUAUGAAAAAUGGUAAAGGAUAAACAUGCAUCCAGGCCACUAGGGGUCAAUAUAAAGUCCAAGAGCAAUAUUGUGUUAUAAAACAAUAAAUCUCAGCCAGCAAAA